AUGCAUCUAUUAAUCCAAAGCUUCAAUCAAAUCUACACUUCAAAGUGUUUCAAUACGUAUUUGGAGAUUUGGGAUAAGUUGAGAUUUAGUUUGAAGUUUCAUUAUGUGACCAAGAAAAAUGUUAGGGUAACUAGUGGAGAAUGGACCACAAAAAGGUUGAAAACGUCAUCAUCCACUGAACCACAAUGUCAAGGUUCGGAUGCAUGUGUGAACAUUGAUCUUAACGAGUUUACCGAGGAUGAGCCAGUGUUCCAAGAGCGCCCGCCGAGAGAGCCGCGGCUAGGAGAGCCGCGCAUGGGGGGUCGUCGAGUUCGUCCGACAAGGGAAAAGGGGUGGCUAGGUAUUCAGACACAUUUGAUAGUCUCUCGGUGAAGUUGGAUGGGUUGUUUGAGGCAAGUAAGGAGCGUGCAAAUAUGGGCAAGAAAAAGAUGGAGUUGGGGGGGAAAGAAACUUCAAGCAGAGAAUGACCAAUGAAGCUAGCGGAGUUGAAAGUGUUGACCACCGACUAUAGUCAUCGUGGUGAGUCCGAAAGAUCAAUCAUGUAAAAGGCGCAAUGAUACAUUAGGGAGAAAUAUCGUCAUAUGUGGGUUGUUAUGUUUUAAUCUCGUGUUAUGUCAUGUUGUUUAAUUUA